AUGGAAGUUCUCGAUGCGAAAGGUCUCUCUGAGCGCCUGAGAUGGGAAGACAAUGAAUACUGGAUGCACCUCGAGGCUGAGACUCCGUUUGAGAAGUAUCCCGCAAAACAACAUGCGCGGAGGGUGCAAGAGAAGUUGGGUGUUGAUGAAGGCCUGAUCUACCUACCGGGUCAACCAGCGAGGAACAACGAAGAUAGCGACAUGCCAGCACCUUUUCGACAACGCCGAUAUUUCUAUUACUUGAGCGGAUGCAAUGAACCUGACUGCCAUUUGACGUACGACACGCGACGCGACGAACUGUCCUUGUUCAUUCCCCGCAUCAAGUCUGAGCGCGUUAUCUGGUACGGCCGUGGCUCCACCCUAGCAGAGGCACUCGUGAAGUACGAUGUCGAUCAAGUUUUCUACGCAGAUGAACUUGAGUACGCCGUGCAAGGAUGGGCGAUCGGUAACCGGCAGGCUGACAUCUACGUCCUGCACCAGUCAUCGCAAUUCCCCGGUUGCGACAAUCUGAAGCCCCGUAUUGAUUCGAUAGCCCUUCGGUCCGCCAUGAACGUAUGUCGCAUGAUCAAGGAUGAUCACGAGAUCAAGCUUAUUCGGAAAGCGAACGACAUCAGCUCGCAAGCGCACCGAGAAAUCCUUGCUAACAUCACGAACUUCAAGAACGAGGCACAGGUUGAGGGAUUGUUCAUGGAUGUCUGCAUAUCGCAGCAAGCGAAGCAACAGGCCUACGAUCCCAUCGCUGCUUCCGGACCGAACGCCGGAACUCUUCACUAUGCCGCGAACGAUGAAGAUCUCGCGGGUCGUCAACUCAUGUGUUUAGAUGCAGGAUGCGAGUAUGAGCUCUAUGCAAGUGACAUUACCCGCACUUUCCCGCUGUCUACUUCUUGGCCAAGCAAAGAAGCCGAGAACAUCUACAAGCUGGUCCAGCGUAUGCAGGAAACAUGUAUCAAAAGGCUAGAGCCCGGCGCACCAUCCCUUUAUCCACAGGAUUUCCAUGUCCCGGUAUAUGACUCUGAGACUUGCCUCGCGCCUAGCGAUCCCCAGAGCAGCCAUCUCGAAGAAGGCAUGGUUGUCACUGUCGAGCCUGGCAUCUACUUUUCCGCAUACGCUCUACAACAUUUCUAUCUCCCAUCACCCGUUCACUCCAAGUACAUAAAUAUUGAGGUACUAAAGCGCUACAUGGCCGUGGGCGGUGUUCGCAUAGAAGACGAUAUUCUCAUCACCUCAUCUGGUUACGAGAACUUGACUACAGCCCCCAAAGGCGACGCAAUGCUUGAAGUCAUCCGGCAUGGAAGGAAAAGUGCUGUGGACAUGCCGAGUUCCGACUUCACUCCACUACGAAGACCGAGCGGUCCCGUUGAGCCGACUCUGCGACGCGCGCCCGGCAUUUCUACACAUACACCAUCAAAACACUUACAGAAGCCACUCGCCAGAGCGGCAACCCUUCCCGCAGACUUCGUUCAGCAACGCAACUCCGACUUCGCGCCUUUUGCAGGCCCUUCGCUCUUCUCGAACUUCUCACGCUCAAUGACCACGGAAGAAAAGAUCCAGCAGUGGCAGCAUAAGCGUGACCCAGUACCGAUCGCGCCCGUCCCCUCGGUCAACGCGAAGCAACCGAAUCCUAUCUGUGGCGAGAUGGAUCCGAACUUCCAGCAUGUUUACAUGAGCAACGCUUCCAGUCAGGCGUUCUCAUCACAAUCGACUUCGCAAUUCGACAGUACACCUCCGUGCCAGAAUUGCGCAAUCCUGGUACAGACGCUGGAUCGGCUGCGUCAAAACCUCACGUCCUCUAUUCGGAGCUCUUCAAAGCCUGAAGUGAAGGCUACUUCGGAAGCCGAUCUGAAGAGCAAGAGCACCAAGCGAGUAUGCGAUGACGACCCAACAAUACCACCACGCGUUGGCGAGCUGUCUGUCGGCGCUUCGGCUUGCACCGUAAACCUCGAUAAGAACCAGAGAAUUCCACUUCCUCCACCCCAGCCUAAUGCUAGCAGGACAGGAGAUACAAGAGCAGCGCAAUGGGCUAGACGCUCCGGCGCAGCUCCUUAUGCACUUCCAAUUCGCGCCCAAACUCUGGACAGCCAGAUUUCACAAGCAUACUUUCGGGGCGAGGAGUGCACAGAUAAAGUCCAUCCUGUCCCGCCACACCAUCAAAUCCGCACAGCCACAGGAAUACCUGGACGAUUCAGGCGUCGCACUCAUAGGAAACUUCCCGACCCUGUACCGUCUCCGCAAGCUCUAGAACCGGAAGCUAUACGGCAGAAGUUAGAGUCUCUGCAACUGAGACUUGACUCGCUGGAAGAGGGCGCUCGCGUGAAGAGACGACAGCAAGAUCAGCCUAUGUUUCCCGAACGGUUUCUCGCCUCAAGACCGUCAAUGCCGGUAUUGAUGUCUCAAAAUCCGUGGCAGCAGCACCAUCGACCUACCGCCGCGAGAGGCUCUGGCGAUAGGACAUCAAGUAACCUGGAAGGUCUCGACAUCGAUAGAUCUCGGCUCAAACGUUUAGAGGAGAGUGAGCGACAGAGGCGCUUAGAGCGCGAUGCAUUGACCAGAGAUACGUUCUUUCUACGUUAA